AUGGCGAGCAAGCUUCACGUCGAGAGAAUUCGUCAAAUUAGAGGACUGAGGUUGUUGUAUGCGGGUGCUUUAGUGACCAUUUUACUAUUGGUUAUUUCUCAGCUGUUAGUAGCCCCGCAUGAAUACUAUGUCUCACUUCUAUCGCCCGCAAAUAUCAGUAUGAUGUUUGUGACAGUUAAUAAUGCCACCCUUUCAAAAGAACCACCACUUGACGAUGCUGACAUUCUUCAUUCUGAGGUCACUAACCCUGAAUCUGGUCGGGAUCAAGAAGCUUUUCAAGGAAAGGGAGAAGGCCAAAGUUACGGAUUCUACAACAAUUCGCAAGAGGGGCAGACAGGUGCUUUACUUGAAGAUGAGAAAAAGUUGCCUGGUCAUUUCACAUCUGACAGCAAAUUAGGAUCUAAUGAGAUUGUGAGUACGGGGGAAUUUGAGACAACAGAGAAUCAUUCUCUUUGGAACAGUGUAGAAGCUGGAUUUGACUUAAAAGAGAAGGUAAAGGAGCCAAAGGCUAGUACCACUGAAAGUUAUUUGGCGUUUAUACCCGAUAGUGUAACUACUUCAAUGCCACUUCCUGCAACCAACAUGACUUCAUUAAACGACAACCAGAAAGAUCUCAAUGUGCAAUCCAUUAAUAAAGUUGAGGACUUACUACAAAAUGGUUCUGUUUCACCAGACAAUAGCUUAGCAUUAGCUGCUACAUCUAUCUGGAGGAAGAGCAAGAGGAAGCCAACUUCAAUUUCUGAUAUGAAUACCUUAUUGCAUCAGAGCCUUACUUCUGCAACUUUAUUGAGGUCACAAAUAUUAUCUGCUCGUGAUAAGGAGCUUCAAAAUGCAAGAUUUGAGAUUGAAAGAGCUCCUAUUAUCAGGAAUGCUCCUUAUGCUUAUUCCUCUCUCUUCCGAAAUUACUCCAUGUUCAUGAGAAGCUACGAAUUAAUGGAGCGCCUGCUCAGAGUGUACAUCUAUAAGGAGGGUCAGAAGCCAAUAUUCCAUCAACCAUAUCUCAGAGGAAUUUAUGCUUCCGAAGGGUGGUUCCUGAAAUUGAUGGAAGGAAAUAGAAAAUUUGUCGUGCGGGAUCCAAAAAAGGCACACUUGUUUUAUUUACCUUUUAGCACACUAAAGCUAAGGGAGAUGCUCCAUCAACAGAAUUUUACAAGUCAGAAGGAUUUAGAGAAUCUUCUGAACAGUUACAUACAUAGCAUUGCCAAAAAGUAUGUUUUCUGGAACAGAACUGGUGGAGCUGAUCAUUUUCUGGUUGCUUGCCAUGAUUGGGCUCCUCGUUUGACAAGGUCUAGUAUGGGAAGCUGCUUAAGAGCCCUUUGCAACUGCAACAUUGCUAGAGGCUUUGAAAUAGGGAAGGAUGUAUCUCUUCCAGUGACAUAUAUUCGUUCUGCAGAGAAUCCUGGGAAGUAUACUGGAGGGAAUGACCCUUUACAGAGGCCUAUCUUAGCUUUCUUUGCAGGAGGCAUGCACGGAUACCUUCGUCCCAUCUUGCUUCAAAAUUGGAGCAAUAAGGAGCCAGAUAUGAAGAUUUUUGGGCCAAUGUCUCGUGAUUCUGAGGGUAAAGCUCGGUAUAGAGAGUUUAUGAAGAGUAGUAAAUAUUGCAUUUGUGCUCGGGGUUACGAGGUCCACACACCACGCGUUAUAGAAUCCAUUUACUACGAAUGUGUUCCAGUGAUCAUAUCAGAUGAUUAUGUACCCCCUUUCUUUGAGAUUUUGAAUUGGGAGUCAUUUGCUGUCUUUGUAUUGGAAGCAGACGUUCCAAACUUGAGGAACAUACUUCUCUCAAUUCCUGAGAAAAGAUACAUGGAAAUGCAGAAUCGUCUGAAGUUGGUGCAACAGCAUUUCGUCUGGCACAAAAUUCCUGUCAAAUUUGACUUAUUUCAUAUGAUCCUUCAUUCAAUAUGGUACAACAGGGUUUUCCGAGUAAAAUCACGAUGA